UAAAGAAAUAUUUUUUAAACAGCUGCUAUCUUGAGUGAGUAAACAUAGUCGAAAGUACGAAUUUCCCUUUUGUUGUAUUUUUAUUUGUUCUUCCUGAAGGUUUUUGUUGUGUUGGAUAUUGUCCGUCCUGUGUGUGAGCGUCGCCACACUGAGCAGCUAGCAGUUUUAGACGUCCUCCUAUGACACAGCCCUGACGGAGUUUGGCCCGUUUUUACACGUGUUUUUCAUCAACUGUACGGAAGGAGAUCAUGGGGGGAAUAAAACAGGAGCAGAGUGAAGCCCCGCAGCAGCCCAAAGCAUCACAUUCAGCAGAUCAACCCCAGGAUGAGCCUAAGAAGAGAGGCUGGCCAAAGGGAAAGAAGAGGAAGAAGGUGCUACCAAAUGGUCCUAAGGCACCAGUAACAGGUUAUGUCCGGUUCCUGAAUGAACGACGAGAGCAUAUGCGGGCCCGAUACCCUGACCUGCCUUUCCCAGAAAUCACCAAGCGACUUGGAGCAGAAUGGACACGAUUAGCCCCAAAUGACAAACAGCGCUAUCUGGAUGAGGCAGAACGGGAGAAGAUGCAGUAUGCUCAGGAACUAAAGGAAUAUCAGCAGACUGAGGCCUAUCAGAUCACCAGUGCAAAGAUACAAGACAAGAGGAUCAAGAAAGAAGACACUCCAUCUGUCAUCAUCAGUACUAGUUCAGGGCCAUCUUUGCCAAAGUCUUCGGACCUCUCAAGUAGAUUCGACAUCCCUAUCUUCACAGAGGAGUUCCUUGAUCAGAAUAAAGCUCGAGAGGCUGAGUUGCGACGGCUUCGUAAGGCCAACAUUGAGUUUGAAGAGCAGAAUGCGGUGCUGCAGAGACACAUUAAGGACAUGUACAACGCUAAAGAGCGUCUGGAGGCUGAGCUGGGACAGGACGAGAAGCGUACCCAGGCUCUUCACCAACACUGGUUGGCCAUUAAACACACGUUGGUCAAUGGUUUGUCAUCAGUCCCCCUGCCAGGCACAGGUGAGACAGCGUCUCUUGGAAACCUGGACUCAUACCUGAGUCGUCUGAGCGGAGUGCUUGAAGGAAACCCUCAUAAGCACCGGGCCUUGGUCACCCAGCUUUGCGAGGUCCUCUCUCAUCUGGACAGUGAGAAGUUAUGAGGAGACUCCAGCCAGAGACCCAUUCAUUCCUGCAUCAGGGGUCAAAUCACAGGCUUGGUGGUAUUGGGUCAAAUCAGUGCCAUUCAACAGAGCAUGUGGAUAUCUCAAGGAUAGUAAAGGCAAGGUUACAAACACUUCAAAACACAGCACACAUAGUCCAUGUCAACAUGUCCUCUUUACAAUUAUGUGUAUUCUGUAGAAUAUGUAUAUUCUCACACAUAAUUGUAAAUGUAAAUCUGUGUGGCAGUCUUAAGGGUUAUUACAGUUCAGUGCAGGAAGGGAUUUCAUUAAAUGUAAUGUCAUUUUACUUUCUGAACUGCCUUAAGAAAAUUUGGAUUGAUCCUAACCCUAUUGUGUAGCUAUGUAUUAGCAAUUACCUACAGGCUCUGUCCAACAAGACAAGCCUAAUUAUCAGUUUACAAUAAAUGCCAUUUGGCAUUUGGAGAAUGCUGGGUAAUGUGUAUGUUGUAGUUAAUAUAGAAUACGUAAAAAACUGGAAGAGGUGAAAAUGAAAUGUUGGGGUAUACAUGUUUUAAAUUUACAUCAAUAUUGGCAGAUUGUGAAAUGGAGAAGCAGUUUCACAUGUUGUCAGAAUAUUAUGUAUUUGUGAAGUAUAUAUGUAUUUUUUUGAAAUGUUCAUUAAACCAUACUGAAAAUGUUUCCAACAAAAACUGA